AUGCCGCGAAAUGAGCAUCAUCGGAACGACAUUUUGUACGUCACGCGACCAACUCGCUACAUUUUAAGCGUGAUCGGCGCUUGGCCCUCCCUCAGUAGACGAAGCUCCGUAUGCUCGAGGGCGCACAAUGUCUUGCUGAUCUGCAUAUCCUACGCUCUCCUCUCCUGCGACCUCAUACCCGGUUUCCUCUACUGGCUGGUGGCGGAAACGGCGCGUCUUCGGCUGCAGACGAUCCCCGUUCUCAUCUACGACGUCAUGUCCGCCAGUCAGUACAGCAUCUUCAUAUUGCGCUACGAUCGGCUCAGGCGGUGCUUGAGGCACGUCGAGGAGGACUGGGAGAACGUUCUCAGCGUGGACGCGCGGAACAUCAUGCUGAAAUCCGCGAGGCUGGGCAAGCGCCUGGUCACGAUCUGCGGACUGUUCAUGUACACCGGAGCCGUCACCUUCCGAACGAUUCUGCCGUUGUCCCAGGGAAAGAUCGUCAUCGACGAGAACACCACGCUACGACGCCUAUCCUGUCCGGGUUACUACUUUUCCCUCGACGUGCAAAUCAGCCCCAUUUACGAGACGCUCUUUAUAAUCCAGUUACUAACGGGAUUCGUUACAGUUUCGAUCGUGACGAGUGCAUGCGGCCUCACGGCGAUUUUCGUGGUGCACGCAUGCGGCCAAUUGAAAAUCCUGAUCGGCCUGUUGAGAGGGCUCGUGGAGAAGCAGUGGCAAGAGGAGCGCGAAAUGAAUAAGAAGCUAGCCGAGGUAGUCGAGCAUCAAGACUGGCAAAGUAGGAAUGUAACAGCUUUAUGUAUGUAUAUGGUAAGCAUUGUAAAUGUGACACUCCACAUAUUUCUAUUUUGCUAUACCGGUGAACAGCUUACCACCCAGGCGGAAAAGGUAGCCACUACAUCCUGCGAGCUCGAGUGGUAUCGUCUUCCGAACAGAAAGGCGCGUAGCGUCGUAUUGCUGAUAAUUAUGUCCAACGCGCCGACCAAGAUCUCUGGAAAGUUCGCCGAUCUCUCGCUCAAAACGUUUGGCGAUGUAAGUAAAUUAACUACGAAAUUAAUUAUUCGUUUCUACGAAAGACUGUCUAAAUAUAUUGAAGCUUUUCAUAGCUGUUCGUCUUAUCGUUAAUUGUAGCAAAGUUAUAAUCAUA